AAUUGAACGAUCCCCUUUUUUCGUUUUUUAACACUGCUGGUGCACGCCUUUCGCGGUGAAUGGCCUUUUGGCCCCAAGCAGUUUUCUUUUUAUUUGUUUUGAAUAAGAAACGAAACGUGAGAUGUUGAUAAAUGUGUGCCGAAUUUGCGGCAGGAGCAGGCUAUGCCCGAAAGCCGUAAAGCUCUUUAGUUCCGGAAGACAGGGCACCCUGCGCCGCAUCGAAUUAAUCACCGGAAUUCGACUUCAGCAGAUCCCCAAUGCGCCGGAAAUGUUGUGUUUCUGCUGCCAGACGGACCUCAAUUCGGCCAUGAUGUUCCGCAGGCAGUGUAUCUUGCAGCAGAAGAAAUGGGUGCCAGUGGAGGAGGCCCAAGAGCUGGACAAAAUGGAGGUGCAACCAAAAGAGAAACCGAAACCUCUUGUUCCCAAGAAAAAAUACCAACGACGAAAGAAGCUAUCCACAUUGCCGGUCGAGACCGUGGACAUUGUCGUUCCCACCGAUAAUAAACCCUCAGCGGAAGCAUCAGGUGAUGAUGAGUUUGACCAACCUGUGGAUAUCUCCACAGAAUCAGAAACCCCGGAAUGCGAUAAAAAUCUGGAGGAGAUCGAUGCAAAAGAUGAUGACGAGGAGUUUUUGGAUUUAGAUAACGAACUACCCAAUAUUAAAAUCUACAAGUGCGCCACUUGUGGAGUCAUUAAGAACAACAAAUCAACCUUGGUUAGGCACCAGUAUGAACACAGCGGCAAAAAACCCUUUCCCUGCAAGGAGUGCCCAAAGGGCUUUUUGGCCGCCAGUGAACUGAAGGCCCACAAUCUCACCCAUCACACCGCUGAGCCUCCGUUUCCCUGUCGCUACUGCGAUCGUCGCUACUUCUCCACGGCUGGCCGGAAAAAGCACGAGAGGAUACACACCAACGAACGAAACUUUGUUUGUGACCAAUGUGGCAAGUCCUUCACAAGGACCUGCAUCUUGAUGGCCCACAUGGAGUCGCACAGUAUUGUUAAGAAGUUCGGCUGCGAAGUCUGCGAUCGGUCGUUCAGCUUAAAAAAACACCUGGUGGCCCACCUCGACUCCAACACGCACAAACAAAAUUCAGAAUUGGCUUCAUCGUCAUCGGAAACCAUGUCAGUGGUCAGUUGUGAUACCUAUUCAAGCUGGUCCCAAAGCUCCCAAGUCGCCAGUCAUGUCGACGAAGACUUGGUGCAGUCACAUUUUGAUAUAUUAUGUCAGGAAAUUUAACUCAGGUAGAAAUUCCAAAAAAUUAUAUCAACAAAGGACCAUAUGAAAUCUAGUGCUGCAAAUAUUGGUAAUGUUUUUACUUCUCUGAAAAUCUUCAACAGCUAGUUUCUUUACCGUGUAGUUAUUUAAUUCUUGUUAGUGGCCAUAUCUUUCCCAAAAAUGCCAAACUAAACUUCUUUAGAAGUGGCUUACCAUAUAGUAUACCCAUUCCUUAAAUAUCACAAAAGUGCCUUUUACGUUCAAAAAUCGCACAGAUCCUAACUGCAAUCUCAGGCAAAACAUGCAUUUUUAAUCCCUAAUGUUAAUCCUUAGAUCUAAGUUUUUUAAAAAUUGUAAUCUCAAAAAAGUUGUGAAAAUGGCACCCAUUAAUGGUCACCACUAUGUCUAUUAGCCUUCAAAAAGAAUAAGUCACCAUAUCGUAACAUUUCAAACAAGGCGAAAAUACCUUAAAUGCUUUUAAAAAGCAGAAAUUCAAAUUAUACACAACGUCUUCCAAAAGUCUUAACUUAAAAAAAACCAAAAACUAUUCACUGUUACCCAAGAGUUAUAAGAAAUAUAACAGCCGCAGAGGCGGAACGUAGGACCCAAAAGCGAACAAAAGAUAAGAAAGUAAGAUAAACUUUUUUACAGCAGCAAUUUAUGUGCAUCCAUUUAUUUGUAUUAUCCCAAAAACAUUUUACUGCUUAUCUGUUUGAUUUCAAAGGUAAACAAUACCAUCUCUAAUUAUUAUAACCUUGCAAAUCUAAAGAAUCUUGAUGGUACUUAUGUUGAUUAUAAUGCCCAUUGAUAGUUUACUUAAUAUUUUUACUUAGGUUUUACAAUUUUUAAACAGUUUCUGAUUUAUCAGACUGCUAGAGUGUUUAAGAAAACUUUACAUUUUCCAAUAAAGAUUCAACCCAUUUUACAAACCCCC